AUGCUAUUUGUCUUAAUCACUGUCCACCAACAGCUUCUAGCUCUAUACCUGUUAGUUUGCUUUGCUCAAUUUUUGGCAAGUUUAAGGACUUAUGUAAUGAAGCUUCAGAAAGUGAAGAUAAUCUUUUCACUCUUAAGUUUUGUUUUGAAAUGGCAAAAUGGUAUAAUUCUGAAUCGGAACGUCAGGCUAAGGCAAAUGGAAUGUUAUCUAAAUAUCUCAACCAUUCUGUACAACCAAUUGUAUUACCUGAAAAAAGUUACCUUACUAAUGGCACUGUAUCUUAUAGCCCCAAUGCGUAUCGUGAGCUCAAUGUAGAAUAUAAGAAGUAUAACUGUAGCUCUGAUGCUU